CCCCGCCAGUCAGAAACCAGAGUGAGAGACAAGAGGCCACCGUGUCCACAGAGGUGAUCUCAAAGUCCUGCAGAGGUGGCCGCCGGGCCCGGAGGGAUUAUAUGUUUAUUUAUUUUCUGAGUCGUUGCGUUUUCAUGUGGAUUAAUCUCCUGGCAUAGAGCACUCUUAACUGUGGAUUUGCGAGAAUACAAUGGUGGCUUAUGACGAGCUGGGCAGCUUGGUCCCCAUCAAACGGACCCUCCAAGUGAUAGACUACCAGAACCAAGCAAAUAAAGAAACUGAGGAGCCCAGUAACAAGCGCGUGCGACCGCUGGGCAGGGUGACGUCGCUCGCCAACCUCAUCUCUCCCGUGAGGAGCGGGGCCGUCAGGCGUUUCGGCCAGACCAUCCAGUCCAUCUCCUUCCGGGGCGAUGGCAAGUCGCCGGGCGUGCCCCAGAAGGGCUGCAGCAGGGCGGCGGUGCCCACGCCGCCCAAGAGGAGGAACAGCACGCUCUGGUCCGAGACCCUGGACGUCCGGCAGAAGGGCACCUUCUCCACCAAGGAGAUCAAGAGACAGGAGGCCAUAUUUGAGCUGUCCCGGGGAGAACAGGAUUUGAUCGAGGACCUCCAGCUAGCACGCAAGGCGUACCACGACCCCAUGCUGAAGCUGUCAAUCAUGUCGGAGGAGGAGCUGACACACAUAUUUGGGGAUCUGGACGCCUACAUCCCGCUGCACGAAGAUCUACUGGCGCAGCUCGCAAAAGCAACGGGGCCAGACGGCACUGUGGGACAAAUCGGUCAGAUCGUCGUCAGCUGGCUGCCCGGCCUGAACGCGUACCGCGACUACUGCAGCAACCAGCUGGCGGCCAAGGCCCUGCUGGACCAGAAGAAGCAGGACCGGCGCGUGCAGGACUUCCUGCAGCGCUGCCUGGAGUCGCCCUUCAGCCGCAAGCUGGACCUGUGGAGCUUCCUGGACAUCCCGCGCUCGCGGCUGGUCAAGUACCCGCUGCUGCUCAAGGAGAUCCUGCGGCACACGCCGGCCGAGCACGCCGACGUGCCCGACCUGGAGCGCGCGAUCGCCAUCAUCCAGGGCGUCCUGUCGGACAUCAACAUGAAGAAGGGCGAGUCCGAGUGCCAGUACUACAUGGACAAGCUGGAGUACCUGGAGGAGCGGCAGAGGGACGCGCGCAUCGAGCGCAGCAAGGCCCUGCUGUGCCACGGCGAGCUGCGCAACAAGAGCGGCACGAAGCUGCACGUGUUCCUUUUCACGGAAGUGUUGGUCAUGACCCGCCCCGUGACCCGAAACGAGCGCCACUGUUUCCAAGUGUACCGGCAGCCCAUCCCGGUCCAGGAGCUGGUUCUGGAGGACCUGCCGGACGGAGAGGUGCGAAUGGGCGGGUCCUUCAGGGGAGCCUUCAGCAACGCCGACAAAGCGAAGAACAUCUUCCGCGUGCGUUUCCAGGAUGCGUCCCAGGGCCAGGCGCAUACGCUACAGGGCAACGACGUCUUCCACAAGCAGCAGUGGCUCAACUGCCUGCGCGGCGCCAUGUCCGCCGUGCAGCCCGCCCAGCAGGGGGCGCCAGCAGGGGACCCCGAGCCCGCCAGCCCCGACGCCGAGAGCCGCCACAAGCGCCACUCCUCCGGCGCCUCCGCCAUCGUCCACAUGGAGGAGGCCGACGAGAACUGUCCCCAGACCGCCGACUCCGCCCCCGGCUCGCCCCAGGGGGAGGAGCCAGGCGCACAGACUGCGGCGGUGGCCGCCGACAGGUCGCCCCCGUCGUCCCCUACCACGCCCCCCGCCACCUCUCCGUCCCCCCCUCGCAAAACCAAAAAGGAGAAGAAGUCUCGCUGUUCGCUGGGGAAGAGGAAGGAGACCAUGGUGUGAGAGUGGGCUACUGGUGGACAUUUAAGUGUACAUAUAUAUACAUAUAUAUAUAUAUUUGUGUUUGUGUUUCUACAGCAGUGUUUCGUGUUACUGUCCUCAAUGGCAGCUACUUCACUCCGAUAAGGAGGCCCAGUCUGAUCUGUGCAGGCAGUGUUGCGGAGGGGUGUGCGUGUGCUCGCUACCCAAGGGAUCUAUUACACACGCACAUCCGGUACUGUUUACUCUCAGUCUGGCGUUAAUGCAUUAUUGUUAUUUUAUUCACUUUUUUUUUUUUCAUUUUUUUAUACCCUUAUAGAAAGUGACUAGCUCUUUUAUUUGUAUUAAAAUCAGCACUGUUUUAUCUUUUAGAAGUAUUUAAAAUCGUGGAAUGUUAGGAGUUUUUAGAACAGUGUCAACAGACAAUUGAAGAAUUAAGCGUCCCAAAAAAAAUAAAUUGUAAAGUCAUAUUAGUAGUAAAGGCGAGUCUUAUUUUGUACAUUCCUCAACAUUUUUUGAAUCCAGACAGUCACUCACCUCACACCCCAAAGAAUUUUCAGUGGCAUUAAAUUAAAUCCAAAUUUUAGUUUUCUACGAAAGAGAAAAUCAACAUUAUAUAAACAUAAGUAAUGUUUAAUUUUUGUUUUUACUCAUGUAAAAUACACACUGAGCCAUGUUGGCUUCAAGCUGACUCUGAGGUAAUGGAUCGUUUUUACUUGUCAAUGUAGCAUCUUGCAUGAGACUUUUGUUGAUACCGCGAAUGCACCUGUGGGGUGAUCUGUGGGGUUACCGAGGGCAACCGAGGCCGUGUAAAUACGCCAGAGACGGAGGAACUUGUAUGUAGCAUCAGAGGGUCUGAGUAUGUGUGAAAGAUGGAAGUGAAAGACGGAAGUAUUGAACAGAAGGGAAGGGUUUCGAUGCAAGGUAGUACCACUGUGGGAGACGCAGAGGACCUUGCUCAAACAUUGGAUGAGGCACUGAAAAGCCAGUGAGAUUUAAAGGGAAAUUGCAUGUAGGGAAGGGGGAGAAACGUGUUAGAAAGCGCUCGUAUGUGGAGAAUUGAGGACUUUAAGGACUUUAGAAUGACUUGUGAAAGACUGCAAAGAACGUAAUGUUCAUUGUUGCCAGUAGGUGUGUGGUGUAAAAAUAUCAAUAAAGAUCCGUGUAAGAUUUGCAUCU